AUGGCGCCCAAGAUGGCCACCCCACCAGACCGCGAACUGGAUGCAGAAGUGCUCCCCGCAGGUAUGCCGGAACCCUCAACAGCAGAGCCGACCAUGGUAACACCAGCGGGCCGAGACAAGCAAAGCCCGGCAACCAAACAGGACAUCGCUGACCUGCUGCAGGAAAUGAGGCAACAGCAUGCUGCGGACCUUAACCUGCUCCAGACUGAAAUACAUAUAGCAUCCCUUUCAUAUAAAUGUAUUAUUGUUAUACAAAUCAUCAUACAGUGCCCUUGA